AUGCCUGUCACCAGCAAUCUCACUGGCAUGGCUCUUCCAGCUCUUUAUUCUAAGCUCUCACAGAGUUCAAAAUCUUGGCUCUCAAGAUCACCCUCAAUGAAUUUGAUCCUCCCUCCUCAAUGUGUACAACUCGAGAAAAUCUCCUGUUCCUUGUAUAAUCAUGUUCCAACGGAAACAGAACUUCAAGACAAGCAAAUCCUUGAAGACCUCAAGACAGCAAUAAAGACAACACUCGGGGUUCAAUUUACAGACUUGGAUAAUCCCGAAUUCUUUAAGCUUAGGCCGAUCUACACGUUAAGUAUCGUAGAUUCAUAUUUACCGUUAUCUGAGGUCAUCGCCGAUAUCACGCCUGCAGAGUACGCGGUGGUGGUAGCAUUUACAUCGGAAGAGCGAGAUUUUGAAAUUCGUCUACUUCGCGGAUACUCAAGAUAUAUACAUCAUGCCCCCCUUCCCGUCCAUGAACAACCAGCUGCGCACCUUGCGAAGGCCGUGAACAAGUUCAUGGAAGCCAUCCCUUACGACAAGCUCCUGAUCGACACCACUGUACACCUCAAUCACCGCAUCCAAAACAAGGAUUCGACGAAUAUACCAGAUCUACACCUUACCGUCACAGCACAACCCCCGGAGGAUAUAGAGUCAGAUGAGAUGGUGGUAGCGAAGCCGGUGUCCAAAUGGGUUGGAGAAUGCGGGCUUUCCUCAGAUACCAACUGCAUGGUGCGGAAGCUAAGCAACACAUGCGACGGCCAUCAAGACAUUGAUUACGCUUUCAUCAUAUCCUUCAAAGAGCGAAUUAAAUGGCAACAACCGAAACGAAGGGGAUACCACUAUUCAACAACUUCGCUCAGCUCUCCCGCGCUAGAUUAA